AUGGUUGAGGUGGAUGGCAUGGCCCAUUGUGUCAAAAGCAGUGGAGAAGUCCAGGAGGACAAGGAGACAGAGCUCUACAUUUUUGGUGGAGUCAAUGAAGAGGAAGAAUUCAAUGAUAUAAGGGUGAUGAAGUUAAUAAAUCCAUCUGACCGUCAGCCGAUUAUGAAAGAGAUUCUCUCAGAAUUUGGCAUCCAUGAAGUCAGCAAUAGGUUUUCGCCUACAAAGAUCCCAAAGGUGAGAUAUGAAUUGACAGAACUCCUGAGCAGCGCCAGAACAGACUCUCCACCCCAAGUACCAGCAAGUGAACCCCGGGAUCUGAGCUCUAUUCACAAGCAAGCUGUGGAAAUGAUCACUCGUGCUUUUGCUAUGCUGGACAUUGAGUUUCAAAACCUGAACACUGAGAAAACAGAACUUAAUCAAGCUAGAAUUGCUUUCCAGAAAGAAAAAGAUGCUUAUGAUAAACAGUACAGAAGUCAGCAACAGGAGCUUCAGGAAAUGCUAGAAAAACAUAAGGCCAGAAUGAAGCUUGGCUUAAAGCUCGAGCUGAGGAAAACGACAGAGAAAGACAAGAGCUCUGCAGACAAAAGGCAGAGCUGUUGCAGGAACAAGGGAAGCUGCAUGAAGAACAGAAAGACUUGCAGAAACGGAGCCAGCAGCUCCUCUCCAUCAUGCAGCAGUUUAAGGGCAUGUGAGGAGUUGCUGCUGGAUCCUGAGAUUGAAAUAGAACUAAAACUCCCAGACAAGGUGGAAUUCUUUCCUCUUGCUAAGUCAGGCAGUCCAUUUCUUUUCAGCAAAUAGACAGACGAUAAGUAACCCAAUAACCCAUUCUGCAA